AUUUCAUCUGUUUCCUCUUGGUCACUACCGUCAUUCUUAAUUUUCUGCCUAAUGUUUCUGUUUUUCUUUGUCUUAAAUUUAAUUUUUGUUUCAUUUUCUACUUCCGGAUAAGACAUAAUUGAAUACAACUAUUUUAUUCGCACUACUAUAGACUUUGUGACUUUGUUUUACUACUAAACUAUUAAUUUAGUUGAGUAUAGUAUUUUUAGUUAUCUUAGCAGAAAUGCCACAAAUCAAAACAAAAACAAGCUAGUGUUUUUAGAGAUGUGCAAGUGCAAUGAAAAUGUACUUCUAUCUGUUUCUUUAACAGGCGGAGAGAAAAAGACGGUAAUGGUAAUACACUCAGUGGCAGAGAACCGAAAGAAAACGCUAUUCACACAGCUGACUGAAAAAUAUUCCGGUCAAUCCCAUCGCAAAAAGUUGCCCACCGGACCGGCAAAUCACCUACUGCGCCUCUUGUUUUGUUUUGUAGUAAACAGUUUCAUUCAUCAUCCGUUUGUUUUGACACAUCAUUUCAAAAUCAAAUUAUUUUUUCAAAUUUCAGUUCAAAAACACAAAAAAAUGUCCAACGGCAACACAAACAAAUACAUCCAAGUAGCGGGAAGCACCGAAGGAAUCACCAGCAGCGACCAAGUGGUCCAGGACAUAUUGAACACCUUCACAGAUUUGAGGCACUAUUCCAGAGAAGUGGAAAACCAACUGAAAUCAGCCGAAAACCAAUCGGUAAAAGUUUACAUAAAAGAAAGCGAAAACAUUAGCAGUUUGCAUACGCAAAUUACAGCUUGCGACAAUAUAUUAGAACGCAUGGAGAAUAUGCUUUUGACAUUCCAAAACGAUCUGGGAAGUAUGGCAACCGAAAUCCUCACUUUACAACGGAAAUCGAUUUCAAUGAGUCAAGAACUAACCAACAGACAAGCGAUCAGGGGCCAACUGAGUCAAUUCAUUGACGAUAUCGGAGUGCCAGAGACUCUUAUUGUAGCCAUAAUGGACUCGCCAGUAACAGACAAAACAUUCCUAACUCAGUUGCAGCUUCUGAGCCACAAAAUUGGGUUCAUCAAAGAGCAAAGUUUCAAAGACACAAAAUCCUGCCAGGAUGUCAAAGACGUUUUGCAAAAGCUCCAAAUUAAAGCCAUGUCUAAAAUAAGAGUUUAUUUGCUAGAGCAAAUUUCGAAAUUUAGAAAACCUAUGACCAACUAUCAAAUUCCACAAAAUGCCUUAUUAAAAUACAAAGGACAUUAUGAGUUUUUACUAAAAAACGAACGCAAUACUGCUGAAGAAAUUUGCAAUGAAUAUGUUGAUACUAUGAGCAAAAUUUACUUUUCCUAUUUCAAGUCUUACGAAGGUAGGAUAAUGAAACUUUUAUAUGAAGAGAGUACCUCUAAGGACGAUUUGAUGGGUAUCGAGGAUACGGCCACUAGAAGUUUAUUUAACAAGAGUUUGAAACAUAAAGCUACAGUGUUUACUAUUGGCAGUAGAGGAGACGUAUUGGCACAGCAAUUGGAGGCCCCAAUUAUUGUGCCUCAUACAGAAGCAAAAAAUAAAUAUUCGUAUGAAGCCACAUUCAGAAGCAUUCAGUACGCCCUUGUGGAUAACGCUUGCCGAGAGUACCUGUUUGCCAGCGAAUAUUUUAUGGUUCAGAAUCAAGCCGCGAUGCAACUAUUUAACAAAAUUAUGGGAAGGACGCUGUUAUUGUUACUGAAAAAUAUUGAACAAUACAUGUCCACUUGUUACGAUUCCAUUGCCAUCUUUCUGUGUUUCCACUUGGUACUCCGUUACAAGAUUAUGUGUCACAAACGAUGCGUGCCAGCGCUGGACGAGUACUGGGACCAUUUAGAGCAAAUCCUCUUGCCUAGAUUUGAACGUAUCAUCAAAAACAACACUAAAAGCGUCAGAGAUUGUGACGUGUCCAAAUUUAAUUUGGAAAAAGGUCCACAUUAUAUCGCAAGAAGAUAUGCCGAAUUCAGCGCUGCCAUAGUUAGCAUAAGCGAAAAUUUCCCCAACCAAAUGAUUGCAAAACUACUAGCAGAACUCCAAGAAGAAGUGGAUAUGUUCAUUUUCCGUAUGGCUGGUGCAUUUUCUGACCGAAAAGACCAACUGAUUUUCCUCAUCAACAAUUACGACAUGAUUUUGAGCAUCAUUAUGGAACGCACUCGGGACAAUUGUAAAGAAGCGGAAACUUUCAAGUCCCGAUUGGCAGCGAAAAGUGGGGAGUACGCUGAACAGAUUUUAUUUCCGCACUUUGGCGAAAUGAUUCAAUAUGUCAAAGAGAGCGAACAUUAUUUCGAAACUUCCAAACUGAGCGAGUUGAAGCAAAUGGAAAGCAAAUCUAUGGAUAUAGUGCAAAACUUUUCACUGAAUUGGAAAAAAUCUUUGGAGGACUUGAACCGAGAAGUGCUUUUAUCGUUUCCCAAUUUAGUAACUGGAGCUAGUUUGUUGCAAUUGGCUUUGACGCAAUUGGUACAGUAUUAUCACAGGUUCCAUAAAUUGUUGCCGCCAAAUGUGAGAUCUCAAUUGGUUAAUAUCCAUCAUAUUAUGGUGGAAAUGAAAAAGUAUAAAACCAAUUUCUAAUUUGUUUGUUAACUUUUAUUGAAACUAAAUUUGUUGAUGAAUAUAUUAUUUUUUAUUUUUCGAAACGUUUAUUGGUGUUGGAUACACAGUGUUUUGUUAUAACAAUAACCAUUCAGCCAAGGGAAUUGAGUUGUUGGAAGAAGAGGGAAUCUGUAAUAAUUAUUAGUUGAUAAUAGGUGUCUAGAAGUCGAUUGAGGAAUAAACCCUUUCAUAUUUUUGUGGCUUAAAAAAUACCAAGGGAAUGAUACAAUGAUAAAGGUAAUAUAUCUUCGUACUCUAGAUUCUAUGGUUUGUAACUAAUAGAUUUCCAGUUAUUUGAAAAUAAAACUUCAAAAAAAGUAAAUUAUUAAAAAAGAAUUUUAAUACCACACACUAUUUUUUGUUGGCAACAAUAGUAUGUCUACGCAAUCACAAUUUGUCAUAAUUACUAGUGCAAAAAUACUAUUACUAGUUUUAUAUAUUUUUUUUAAUUUCAAUUAUUCAAUAUUCUUUGUUUUCUUUAUCAUUCAUUCAUUGAUCGAAUCAGAAUAAUUAUUAAUAUUAUAGACAAUAUCAUAUUAAUGUAUUAUUAUUUUUUUAAUAUGGGUAGGUGCCUACACUAUAUAAAUCAAAAUAAAAUAGUAUGUCAUAAUAAUAGAAUAUUGAUAUGGCUAAUUUAAUAAUAAAUAUACACAAACAUUUUUUUUUAAAGCUUACAAAAAAUUAGUAUUUACAAUAAUAAUAAAAUUUGGGCUAGUUUCUCAAUAGCAAGUUAUUCCCGAGUUCAGCAUAACACCAGGGUAAACAUAGCAACUGAAGUUGAAACCAACCUGAAGGUGACUCGCUAUUGAGAAACCGGCCCUAAGGAAUCUUUGUCAAAAUGGCACCGUUAAGAAAAAAAGCAAUCUAACAUAAGUUGAGCAAAUAAAGCUUAAAGUAAAUUAAGAAAUAAUGAGCCAAAGCUGAAAAAUAUUCACAACGAUUUUAAGAAAUCAUACAUUAUCGGUACUUGAAAGUAUUCCUAUCAUUUCCACACGCGCUCGCAAAUUAUUAUCGAGAAAUUAGGCACAGUCUCGUGACAUUUAUACAAAUACAGCUCUAAAAUAAAUGCUUACAUCCCUAAGAAGAUUUUUUUUGUGUGUGUAUCAUCUGUAUUACUAGAAUUGCUGCUCGGUCGUCAUUCCUAGCAACACAGAAUAUAGUCUGUCACAAUCGAUAACAAUGUUAAAAUAUAUUGGAAUCAGCCCCUGCUCUCUCCAUUAAUUAUUAUAAUAAUCGCCGGUACCAGCUAUUUUCUGAAUGUUAUAGAAAAUUGUCCAUAAACACCUGAACUUAUAUUUUAAUAAAUCAUUCUAGAAACUUGUAACAUAAAUACUAUUGUGUUGGUUUUAGUCCUUUCACAGCUUGUUCUCAUAUAUGUCAAUUAUGUCGGUAUUUUUUAAAAUUGAAUAUCUAGCGGCUUAUGUAAUAGUUAUUUAUAUUACUAGUACGGUAUGAGCUUCAUUACAGUAACGAGUGGGGAAUAUUGCCAAGACGAGGUCGUAGACCGAGUCGAAGUAAUCACACGAGUGGUGUAAUGAGCGUUACCGUACGUGUGAUAUACAACAUUUUAUGUACGACCCAGAUUUUUUUCAUAUAUUCGAAAUGGUUUUAAUUUUUCCCAAAAGAUUAUAUUUAUAAUUUUUUCAAUAAAAAUGAGCUCUCAUUACAUCACUGAGUGAUGUAAUGAGCUCAUUACAUCACUAAGCACGAUAAUGCAACUUAUUACGUAACUCAAAUAGACUAAAAUGAGUUACGUAAUAAGCUCUUACAGUGUAGGUCGUACAUAAAUAUAUUUUUAAUACGUGAAGGCCAGUGGCGUAGCUAAGCGUCGGCGACGUCGGCGGCUGCCGACGGCCUCGCGCCCUAAGGAGCCUCGCAAAAAAUAGGUUACCGAACCCUAAAAAUUGGCACUUUUUGAUUUCCCAAAAUAAAACGCAGAGAACAAAUAAACUUAAUUCUAUACGAAACUUCUAAAUCUCAUAGAAUUCACUGAAAAUUAUUAUUUCUACUGCAAAUUAACCUAGAAAUCUCAAAUCAUAUGGUUUUUAUUUUUUCGGUAGAUUCUCGGUAUUUCGAUAAACCGGUAAUUGUAACACUGUUCUUAUCACGUAUUGUUGGUUAAUUAAAUUAUUUAGCACUUUUCUCAACUGGUAGCCGAACCUCCAACCGAGACAUACGUACAGUAUUUCGCUAUAUUGUACAGGGUGUUUCCUCAUAUUUUGACCCCUAACUACAGCUCUAGCUAUACGAGGUGGAAAAAAACUUUAGGUAUGAAAGUUAUAGGGUCGUUUUCUCAAUAGCAAGUCAUCCCCGGGUUGAGGAUAACUCCAGGGUAAACAUAGCAACUGGACACGCUUACCCUGGAGUUAAAACCAACCCGGAGGUGACUGGUGACUCGCUAUUGAGAAACCAGCUCGUAGGUUUUUAUUUCUAUUAUCUUUUGCGAAUGUCAAAACAGGCAAAUGACAGGUGCCAACUGUCGCAAUGACAAACACUUGCAUUUUUCAAAUGGAACACCCUGAAUAUUUUUGGCUAGAAUGAUAGCUUUUUUUCUUCUGAUUCAGUGGCGGCUCAUGACUAUUUCAAGUGAGGAGGCUAAUUACAGUAUAGGAUUUCAUGAAAUUCCUCGGAAUUCCACUAAGAUUUCAAUUUCAAAAUUCCAUAUAUUUUUUUUAACUUGACUUAAAUUCAUCAAAAUUUUACCACUGAAAUAUCCUGGAAUUCCACAAAAUUUUCAUAAAAUUUUUUUGGAAUUUCAUGUAAUUUCUUAAAAAUGUCUCGGAAUUCACUAAAAUUUUAUGAGAAUAUCUACGUUCAUAACCGAAAUUUUCUCGAAAGUCCAAUGAAACUUCAAGGAAUUUUCAAAAUUUAAUUUAUUUUCAUAGGAAUUUUUCGGAAUUUCACUGAAAUUCUCUUUUAAUACCCAGGAAUUUCUGGGAAUAUUAAUGAAGUUUCAAGUAAUUUCUUAAAAAUUCAUCGAAAUAUAUUGAAAUUUCUUGUUAUUACAUGGUAAUUUUUCGGAAUAUCACCGAAAUUCCAUGUUUUUAGCUGGAAAUUCCUCGGCAUUAUUAAAAUUCAGUAAAAACUGAAAUUUCAUGUUAGGAAUUUCGGUGUAAUUUCUUAAUUGUUUAAAAUUCCUCCAUGUAAUUCAUUUAGGAUUUCGUGUAAUUCGAUCAAAAUUUCACUGAAAUUUCAAGUAAUUCGAGAGGAAUUAAAAUUUAAUGUGAAUUCUAUGAAAACUCCGCAAAAAUUUCACAUCUAAUUCCUUUUUCAGAAUAACAUAAUUAUUCUACUGAAAUUCCACUAAAUUAUGGAAUAGACCUGUCUCGCAUGAUUAGAAAAAGUGAGCUUAAUUGUAAUAAAUACAAGUUAGAAAGCAAUAGAGGAUGACAUGCGCGCGCAACUUGUAGGCUGCAGUGUAGCCAGAGCCAGAUUCUAUUGUUGCAGAACCAAAUGUAAACAAUACAAAUCGAACAGUAUGACAUUAAAGAAGUGAUAUAGUGUCGAGGGUUUUACAAUGCCUUAAAUCAGACAAAAGAAGAGCUUUAAAGUGGAUGACUAUCGUUUGCACUUUUAUUUUGAUAAAUGUUUCAUCCGGCAACAUCGCUCAAUGAAUAUAUGUCAAGUAUAAUCUAACAUAACCUUAAACGAAACUGCGGUGAGUGCAAGUAAUAUGUAAAGUAUUAGUUUGCUCUUUGUCAAAUUACACGUUACAAAGAAAGAAGGAACGAUUGAUUCUGAACUGGCUCCUGAAUUAGAAUAUGAGGCAAGCCUGUCACAAACUUGCUUCUCAUUGGACGCUCACCUGCAGCCUACAAGCGACGCGCGCAGUCCAGGUAAUAGGAGAUCGGUCUAUUCUGAGAUUUUAAUAUAUUUUUGGGGAUUCCAAAGGAUAUUUGGGAAUUUUAAAGGAAAUAUUUUUCAGAAAUGUCAAUGAUUGGGUUCAAAAUAACCUAUAAAUCGAGAUUUGAUAAAAACAUAUGGCAACGUUGCUCAUGAUACAACAAACGUCAAAAAAUUGAAAUUUUAAACCUUGGGUUUUUUUGACAAUCGAUACAAAAUGACGUCUUUUUGUUUCAAAGAUUACGGCCCAAAGGGCCGGAGUAUGAAAAAUCAGUUAACAAUGAACGGGUUCGUUCGGAUAAAACUUUUGUCGCACGACACUUUGGCAAUAUCGACAAAUGUCACCUGUCAAAUUUGACACAUGUUCGACUUUUUUUCCGCUCUGCUAUAAAAGCUACGAAAAUCAAGGCAGUUUCGCGACGCCAACUAUCGAUUUGUGUCAAAAAAAAAUUGACAGCUGUCAACGUCAAAAAAGUUUUUUUAUUUUUUUAUUUUGCGAAUUUCGAGAAAAAAAGUGAUAGAAAACCAUCCCCGGACCCCAAAAACCUUAAAUAAAAAUUCCAAAAAAAAAACCAACGAAAAUGACAUUCCAAAACCUACUUGAUAAAAAUAGAGUUUUUCUCACUUACCCCGUUAAAACACUGGCAAUUUUUGGUGGAAAAUGAAGAAAACUCAAAACCUCUUACUUUAAAUAGGUUUUUCCGACCAGAAAAGCUCUGGAAAAGCGGACAAAUGCAAAGAAAAACCUCUAAAAAUGACAUUCCAAAGCCUACUUAAUGAAAUUUGAGUUUUUGUCACUUACCCCAUUGGAAAACUGGGAAUUUUUAGUACAAAAUGUAGCAAAUUCAAAGCCUCGUAUUUCAAAUCGGGUUUCUUGACUGAAAACGACUUGGAAAAGUGGAAAAUUCUAGGAAAAACUGAACCACCCGUCAAGCCCCCUUCGGGCUCGCAUAUAACUCCGGCCCUUAAGGGCCGGAAUUACUGUAAAUGCAUUUUUAAACUUGAAUAGCGUAAAAACAGCUGAACCAAAUAUCAACAUAAGUAUAUGGUAUGUUUGGAAUCAGAAGAAAACGAUCUAUCAUUCUAGACAAAAAUAUACAGGGUGUUCCAUUUGAAAAAUGCAAGUGUUUGUCAUUGUGACAGUUGACACCUGUCAUUUGCCCAAUUUGACAUUCGAAAAAGAUAAUAGACAUAAAACCCUACACCUUUCAUAUUUAAAGUUUUUUUACACUUCAUAUAGCAUAAGCUGUAGGUAGGGGGUCAAAAUAUAAGGAAACACCCUGUACAUUCUACAGCAUUUUGAAAGUCUAUCCAGCAUUUGAUUUUGUACAGCAAACAGCAAACAUAAACAUACUAACAUACAGGGAUUCAGAAAUUAAUUAGGUUUCCUGAAAAAUUUCCUGAUUCCUACUAAAAAUUGUUGGUCCAUGUUCGCGUCAUACUGUAAUAAAUGAGAAAUUUAUUUUUGACUGUAGGAUUUUUAGCGGAAAAAUACCUAUUAAUAUUUUUGACUGAAAAUGACUAUCAAAUGAUAUGCCUGAAAAAGGUGGCGUGACACUCAAAAAAUGCUCGCCUUCCGCGGUUAUCUUUCGGUUCGGGGGGCCUGCCGGCAGCUACCCAUCCCUGUCUUAUAUCCAGUUUUUUGUCACAAAAAAUAUGACCACCCCUUCAUAAAAAGGGCCUCGCAAUUCGGAUGUCGCCGACGUCCACGUUUGGUUUAGCUACGCCGCUACGCCAGUGGUGAAGGCAAGACAAUCUUCACUGUUGGAUCAAUAAUGCCAGGUCUCAUUCAAAGGCUUGUUAAAUAUAAAUAGGUUUAACUGCAUUCUCCUCAGAAAAUAUUGUUGUUAGGAAAUUAGCUACUAUUACUGAUAAAUAAGCCUCUAAAGUAUAAUAAGUUUAUUAAGGAUGCAUGUGAGAUUAGGGGCUGAUUUUUGCUUAACGCUAAUGUUGUUUUGCCGCAUCUUUAGCAGCCAAAAUUAAAGGGGUUAAACUGGCC